GUUGUAAAAUUGUAUAAUUGUAAUGGGAGUUGGGAAUGUAGCCUAGGCCUGUGUCCAGACUUUGAAAUUUAGGAAGUUUGUGGAAUAAUCCAAAUAACGGUUCAGUUCUCCUGUAGUUUACUAUAAAAUUCAAUCUAUUUGUACUCAGUACUUAAGAAUCUCAGCUGCCAAAUGACUUCGAAAGCAGAUAAAGAAAGACAAAAACAGGUGCAGGACAAAUGUCAGGCUCUCUUGACUCAGAUGUUGAGAGACGACGAUAAUAAGUAUUGUGUGGAUUGUGAUUCAAAAGGUCCCCGCUGGGCGUCAUGGAAUCUGGGAGUUUUCCUAUGUAUUCGGUGUGCUGGUAUUCACAGAAAUCUAGGAGUACACAUAUCAAGAGUGAAGUCUGUCACACUGGAUUCAUGGACACCAGAACAAGUAGUGAGUCUGCAAAUGAUGGGCAACAGUAGAGCCAGGGCAGUUUAUGAAGCUAAUCUGCCUGACAAUUUCCGUCGUCCUCAGGCAGAUUCAGCCCUGGAAGCAUUUGUAAGAGCCAAGUAUGAAGCGAAAAAGUACAUUGCCAAAGAAUGGGUGCAACCUCCUUUACCUGCAGUGAACUGGGACAAAGAAUUCGAGGAAGAAGCAGCUGAAAGGAACCGCAAACGGAAGAAGCAACAGGAGAAGAGCGCACCUGUCACCACCAACACAUUGACCCCGGUAGCCAGCCGCAAAGCAGCCGAUGCAGUUGUUCCUCAACCUCUGCCAAAGCCAAACUCCAGUCCCAAGUCGCAGCGGCAGAAUGCUGCAUCCAGCAACACUGCUGUCCCCUCCAGCUCCCCGAGUAAACCAUCCACAGAUCUGCUUGGUUUGGAUUCAUCGAUUGGUGAUCCGGUAUCAUGUUCAUCCGGUGUCUCCUCUUCAGACGACAUGUUCACUAGUUUUCUGAGUGCGCCUGCGCCGUCGGCUGCCUCCUUCACCAGCCUGGCGUCUGCAACUGCCAACUCAAUCAUGAACUCGCCAGCCACGGCAGCUGCCACCAAACGCACUCCCGAAGAGGACAGCUUCUUCAAUCAGCCGGUGGCGCAGGAAAAGAAACAGCUGACCACUGACUCGAUUCUGGCGCUUUAUGCCAAGACUCCGCAGCCUGCUGGCCAGCCACUAGGUGGCGCCAGUUUCGGUCAAGUCGGAGCUAGCACUGCACAAGGAUUCAUCGCCAACAACUUCGGCAGGCAGCAGACUACGGCUUCUGGUCAGCAGAUGCCUACUUUUCAACCGCAGGCUGCCAAUGGUAUGAUACCAGGCAUGAUGAACGCAAUGCAGCCGCCGCCAAUGAUGGUGAAUCAGGCAGCGGCAUCGAAUCCCUUCUACAACAUGUCAGCAGGACAAACUGCGCCACUUAACUUCGGCGCUCAGCCUCAAAUGAUGUCCGCUGCAUCCAGCAUGAUGAAUCCACCCCUACACCAGCAAAUGUCUGCGAUGAGUCUCAGCCAAGGAUCAUCAUCAAUGGUCAACAAUCAGUCUCCUGCUCCUUUCGGGGCAUUUGUACAGAGUCAACAAAUGGUGCCAACAUUCCAAUCAGCGCAAAACUUCCAGGUGAUGCAAUUAAACAUGGCGUCGAAUCCAUCCUCUACUAUUCCGGGACCGACACUGUCUUCGAAUCUGUCAUAGUCAGAAUUCAAAUCUAGCAAUGUUUCUGUACUUGAUUUAAACGUUAUGUUUUAAGAGAUUUUUUGCUUUGGUGGAUCCGUAUUAUUUACAAAUAAUAGUGUUUGUAUUUCAUAUUCUCCAGCAGAAUACUCUUAUGUUUUGGUUGGAAUGUAUUUUACUCAUAAUUCUUGAAAAUGGAUGUUUCAACAUUCUGUUCUCGUGAAAAUUCAACUCUAAUUUCGUAAUUUUAAAGCUCUGUUUCAUGAAUGGCAAUUUUUCUAGUCUGUUAUGCAUACUUUUUGUGAUCCUACAACACUUAUUCCAUGAUAAUGUUAUAGCAAUUGCUUGUUGGUUUUAGUAGACAUUUACUAAUUCUCUUUUAUCCCCUUUGUUAAAUAUAUUUCGAGUAUAUUUAUCAUUUCUCGUGGGUCUAUUUCGGGCUUUAAUUUUCUCCUUUAUUUUGAAUAUAAUCUCGUUUCAAACAAACUAUGACAGGAUCAGACACAAUAUUUUUUAAAUCUUUUCAUUUUGCUAGUCAUCAUGUACCUUUUCGAAUUUUCUACUGUGCCUUCAAUGGGAUAGAUGCUCUCCCCUCCCCAAAUAGCAAGGUGAAUUAUUGAUGACCAAGGCACAGACAUUUUAUUUCCACUGCCAUCUGUAUCAAUAUUGCUUGUUCUUAAAAAAUAUGAGUUAGCCCACCUACUCGAAUUAAAACAUUUGUGGGAUUUGAAAGUAAUGUAUGGAAUACAUUAGUUGAGUUGCAUUGGAACUCUGCAGACUUUUAUGAUUCCUGUUAACUUAUUUCUAGAAUUUGUUUUUGCAAACCAAUCAAACCAUAUGGAGUAGGAGGAAGUUGAAUAGAGAUUUAUUAUUAUAAUUGUUUUAAUUCCAAUUCUUUAGUAAUUAAUUGAUUCAUUGAACUUAUCUUCUAGUCCCAAGAUAUCCUUGAAAAUGAAAAACAUUGAACUCAACUCUUUGAGUCCUAGUAGGUCAUUUAGGGCUUUUUUGGUGUAUUUUUUAGUAUUUAGUCAUUUAAUGUAACUGAAAAUAAUUCAGUAAUUUAGCCCUAUUAGACAAAGAAAAUGUUUUUUUAAAAAAUACUAAAAAUUUAUUACAAUUUAUAUAAUUAGUUUUCCAAGGCAAUGAUAAAAUACUACACCAUGUGUCUAUAGGUCCUAUACAUGAAAAUACAAUACUGAUUGUAUUCUAAAAUAGCAAUAUAAAAUAUUGCUAAAAUACAGAGUGUUUGAAAAAGAACUCCCAAGUUUUAGGUAUAGAUUUAAUGUGUAAAUUAAUGGAAAACUUCAUCAACAAGUACGUACAUACAAUGAAAGAGAGAAUCUUCAAGUUUUUUUCAACAUCAGUACACUUCAACAUGGGAUCUAUUUGUCGCCCUGCAGAAGCCGAGACGAUAUUCAAGCUCUCGCCAUGUAUUCACCAACAUAUCAGGUGUAACUGUCCCAACCGCCGUGACGAUUCUUCCCCGUAAAUGGUUUAUGUCUCGGAUUUUUCCACUGUACACAACAUUUUUUAUGUUUCCCCAAAAGAAAAAGUCCAGAGGGGUUUAGUCCGGGCUUCCUGGUGGCCAAGCAAUUGGGCGAGCUCUCCCUAUCCACCCACCUUCCCGGAAAGCGAGUGUCAACUGAAGGAACUGUUCCCUGGCGCCGUCUUAAGGUCAAGCAGCUCUGCCAACUGCAGGGGGGUAAAACUUGGACAGUUGCUGAAUCAAACACCACAAACUAGAAUAGCGUAUAUCACGUUUUACAGAUUCUAUGACACAUCAAAACUAGGGAGUUAUUUUUCAAACACCCUUUAUAUAAUUUGUUUUCCAAGGGAAUAAGAAAAAUACUACACCAUGUGUGUAUAGGUCCUAUACAUGAAAAUACAAUACUGAUUGUACUCCUAAAAUAGCAAUAUAAAAUAUUGCUAAAAUACUAUACACAACUUUCUACUACAAAAAAAUCAAUACAUUAUUAAAAUCUAUAUAUGAGUCAUGAUAUCUUGUUGGUGACCCAAAAUCUGGCUACACUUAAGGAGACGUUAUAAAGAUAGAGCAAGAAGGAAAGCCACAAAUGAACGAAAUGAACGAAUCUAAAACUAAGUAUAAUUAUGCUGAUGUCAAGUUCGCAGGCCCAAAGAAGAAGAAAUGAGCCAGUUAGAGUGAGACGCUUCUUGUUUCAAAAGUAGAGCACUCUCGUUUAUCUAGGCACAGAGCUAAAUGUAGAAAAUUAAAUGUCUGAUGAAAUAAACAAACGAAUAAUCAGUGGUAGUAGAGCAUAUUUUGCAAAUGUUAAUAUAAUCAAGUCCAAGCUAAUAAAGCAUGAAACUCAAAUUAAACUUUAUAAAACGGUAAUUAGAUCAUUACUUACAUAUAGCAGUGAAGCAUGGACAUUAACUGUAGCCUAUAUAUAAGCACUUAAAAUCUUUGAAAGAAAAAUCAUCCGAAGAAUUGUACCAGUUUGGCAAGAUGGAACAUGGAGGAUAAGAAGUAACAGUGAGAUGAACAAUAUUCUCCAAAACCAAGAUAUAGUUCGCUUCAUCAAAUCACGGAGAAUCAGCUGGCUGGGACACGUCUGGAAAAUGGAGCGAAACAGACCUUAGAGACAACUGCUUGAGGGUAAAUUUUCAGCAUGUGAAGAAGAGGGGGACCAAGAAGAAGGUCGCUGCAAAAUGUGUAGGGUGAUCUGAAUAGGAUGAGGAUUGAGAAGGAUGGCGAAUGACCGUAACGAAUGGAGGCAUGUGACGGAGGAAGCCAAAGCCCAAACAGGGAUGUAGUGCUAAGAAAAGAAGAAGAAUAUAUAAAAACGAAGUGGCACUGAUUCAUAAUCAGCAGAACUAAAAAUCUACUGAACACAAUACGUUCAAAUUAAGCAUGUAUGUUCAAGCCUUCUAGAGGCACUCUAGGAACGGGUUUGAAAAAAUUCCAGAGGUGCGCCUAAAAUCUGCGUUUUCUCAUCUUUUUCAAGAACUAAUUGGCAAAAAAUGUUCAAAUCUGCUGAACAUGCUCAGCUGAGGUGUAAAAAUUUUGUACUGGGAGGGUUUUAAAAUAACACCUAAUACCCGCCCAAAAUCGGUGGUUUUUGAGCGUUAUGGCUGAGUUUUGUUAGCUUUUUCAAGAAGUAAUUGACAGAAAAUUUUGAUUUUUUUUCAAAGGGCUCGGCAGAGCCUUGCUCCCAGAUGCUGAAUUCGUGUUUUUUUGGAGGUUUACAAUCCUCCACACACAAGUAUGCUGAAAUUCACAGGGAGCUGAAAGAGUCGACUAUGCAGAUAAUUCGUACUUACCUAGUUGUACAAAUGCCUUAUCACUGUAGAAUAUAGUUGUCUAGAGCAACAAACUCGAGACUGUUUCUGCCAUAACAACAACACCACUGUGACCUUUUUCUCUCUCUUGUGGUCGUCUUGCACCACUUGUGGGUAUACUUUAAUCACAAUGAAUCUAGGUUUUCUUUUUUCCGAAUUUCUCUACUAUACUGAUCAAUACUGAUAAUGCCAACAUUAUAUUGUAGCCUUUUGAUGCCGAUAUGACAUGCAUAAUAUAAUUCAACAGAAACUUUAGGGUUAUGUUCAUCUAAUGUUUCAAUCAGACGAAUAGAAAUCUAAGGCUCAACUCACACUUAUGCGACUCUAGUCGAGAGCAUGUGUUUUCAAAUGGUGACAGUCGCGGAGACUAGAAUCGACUGGUCUGAGUGCCAUCAUUUGGAAACACAUGCUUUCGACUAGAGACGAGUCUCUUCUCGACCUGAGUCGCAUAAGUGUGAGUUGAGCCUUACUGAUCUAAUAUCCUCUCAAUCCAAUCAGUCAAUCAAAGAGCUUCCUGUCCUGUCAUGCCGUGCGGACUCGUCUGAAAAAACGCCUCGUGUGUCUCGGGCCAUAAGCAUUUCAUUCAAAUAAUAAGUAACUGAAUAAAACUAAAAUAUCUACUACAAACAAUUUAAUAUAAUUGAGUAAUCAAUUGACUCACCUAUUUCUCUUCCACCUUUCAUGAAUUGAUUGGUUUGCUAUUUUUAUUUCAGUUAGUAUGUAUAUUAUAUUCAAUCAUGAAAUUGUCGUUGUGUUUUGUUAAUCAGUCAUGAGUAAAAAACUACUAGUUUCAAUGUUUUACUUGGUUUCAGUUGUUAAUAUUAUAAUUGUCGUUUAUCAUAAUGAUAAUGUAUUUUGUUUUAUUUUUUGUAAUUGGCUCCUCAAAGCCAAAUAUUGACAGAAAAUUUCUCAUGUUGAUUGAUGUAGCUUUGAAAGCACUCAGGUAUUAACUCUAGUGGUAGUAGAAACCCUUAAAAAGAGAUAAAACUGAACUCACUUGGAGAAAUGAGUAAAUUACAUCCCAAUUCUCUCUUCAGUGCUAUUAUCCAUUUCUUUCACCGCAGAAGUAUUGGUGGGCGUUUUUGAUUAAUCACUUUUUAGGCUUAAGAAAAUAAGACUAAAUACCUUUCCAAAAUUAAUCUUUCCAUGUUGUUGAAUAGUCAUAUUGAAUUCACCAGUGUGAUUUCAAUGGAAACAGUACUGAAGUGUAUUUUUAUACACUUUUUUUAUUUAUUCAAUAAUUCAGAAUUACACAACUUCUAUAAAAUUAUCAACAAAUUAUACUAGAUGUAUGAAUUUUCCUGUGUAAUUUAAAUGGGAAAAGUAUUUAAGUAUAUGAAUACUUCACAAGCAUUUUUGUGUUCUAUCUUUUCCACUCACUUUACUUUUAAAAUAAUUUCUCAGUUUGAAAUCAGUUUCUAUCUACUAAUAGAAGGUGAAUAACCAUAUUGUUUUCACUGUAUACUGUGCAUUAUUGUGCUAUUGGGCUUCCAGUUAGGCCUACACAGUUAAAUCUGAUAAUCUUAAUACAAACAUUUGUAAGACAUUGUUCAAGUUUGAAAAUCUCGAAUUAUUAUUCAAUAAAUCUAUUUUUUUUCAACAACUAGAACAAUAUGAUCUUGAUUAUAUAACCUAGGUGUGAAUUGGAUUAAUACUUUUAUUUUGGAAUUCCAGCUUAUCUAACUCUAAAAUAUUCCAGUAUCUAAUGUCUCUAAUAAUAUAUGUGGACCGGUUACUAAAUGUUCUAAAUGUUGAUUCAAUAUUAUGUGUCUAAAUUUUAGGAUUUCUAUUAGGCUUAUCAAAUACAGAAUAUGUAAAAUGAUAGUUGUAUGGUUCCAUGAAUAUCUAAUCUUAACAUCACAUUUACUUCUACACGUAAUUGUAAAUGUCGAUUUUUCUGAUAUUCUUGUUUCGUUAUUGUGAAUUCGUUUCAAAUAUACAACAAUGUCAAUUCAAAAUCAUCGCUGUAUAAUCUUAUGGAAACUGAAUCCUAUUUUACGUAUGCUAUUCGAAUUGCUGGUUAUUAUAAAAAUAUAAACAUGUAAAUGUAUUGGUGUGAAUAUGUACGUUUAUGAAUGUAAGUUUGAAUGUGUGUGCUUGUGUAUUAUCCACUGCAUUUUUUAAUGUUCAUUUCACUGUAAAUCUUAUUAGAAACAUAAGGUAAAUUUCGUCCUCAUUCCUCAAAUUAUGGAAAUUAUUGUUAUAUUCUUAUCGUUUUCAUAACGAGUUUGAUUUGAAGUCUGUCAUACUAUGUGUGUCUAUUUGUAUGAUAUUGUUAGAGAAAGAGAAGGCGAUAGUCCAUUCAAGGAUGGAAGAAAGAACUAUAGUGAGAAAGAAUACUACGUUCACUGAGGUAUAUUUGCUUAAUUUAUUUAUAGCUUAUUCGAUAAUGAAUAUUGUGAUUGUUAUAGAUUUAUUAUUUUUCUAGUUCUAUCCUCAUCGUGGUUAUUUAUCAUUUAUUUUUCUAUUUUAUUGAAUACUUGGAGUAUUUAUAGUUAUAUUAUAAAUGGUGUAAUUGACUUAUUUGUUGAAAUUUUCAAAUUAUAUCUUUGUGCAGAUUAAUGUCUUGAAUGUCAAUGAAAGAAUAAUGAAAUUUA